AUGGCGAGCAAAAUUAUUAAUACCUUUCGUAUUUUCCUCUCUUUAGAAAUAAAUCAACCAGCAAAAUCACUAGUUUGGGUAAAAGCCGGUUACCGGUAUAAAGGUACCGGUUUUGCCGUUUCGGAGAAUAAUUCUGCUCUCUUUACUCACCUUCUUUGCGCUUUCAGCUAUCUAAACUCCACCUCCUACGAGCUCUCUAUUCCACGUUCCGAUGAAAAUAAAUUCUCCACCUUCACAGAAACUGUGAAACGAAAAAACCCAUCAGUCGCUACACUUCUAUCCAUUGGGGGGGUUCUAUCCAUUGGGGGGGAAACUUCAACCCUUUCAACCAGCUAUCCUCUAAUGGCGAGCAAUCCUUCUUACAGAAAAUCUUUCAUUGCCUCCACGAUGAAAAUAUCCAGGCUUUACGGCUUUGGAGGCCUAGACCUUGCUUGGAUUCCCGGAUUAUUAAGCUCUAACAUGACUAACAUGGGCACUCUCUUUCAAGAUUGGCGAGCCGCAAUAGAAUUAGAGGCAAAAAAGUCUAGCCAGUCACCACUGAUUUUGACCGCGAGGGUCGAUUAUACAUCAAAUGGUAUACGUCCAGGAAGUUACCCGACACAGUCGAUACAGAAUUACUUGGAUUGGAUUCAUGUUCAAGCUAGUGAUUACAACAGGCCAGAGUGGUCGAAUUUUACAGGGGCUCAUGCAGCUCUGUACAACCCAACCAGUAUUCUUAGUGGCGAUUAUGGUAUAAGAACCUGGAUUGAAGGAGGAGUGUCCGCAAAUAAGUUGGUUUUGUGUUUGCCUUACUACGGAUACGCCUGGACGCUGUUAAAUCCAAAGAGUAACUGUAUUGGCGUAGUAGCUAUCGGACCAGCCAUUACAGCAGAUGGGUUUUUGCGGUAUUAUCACAUCAAGAAUAGCAUAAAGGGGAAUAAAGUCAUUCAAGUUAAGUACUAUGCAGAUUAUGUGGUUAAUUACUGCACAAUUGGGAACAUUUGGAUUGGUUUUGAUGAUGUAAAGGUGGUGAAAACUAAAGUUUCUUAUGCCAAAGAGAAGGGGCUGCGCUGUUACUAUGUGUGGGAAGUCCCUUAUGAUGAUGACUGGGUGCUUUCUGAAGCAGCAAGUAAGCAAUAUUAA